AUGGCGCUGUUUCGGCGGCUGUCUGUUGCCCUGCUGCAGCUGCUGCUGUCUGCUGAGGUGUAUCUGCAGCAGCAGAUUGCUGCAGCAGAGAGGCCAUGUAUGGAUGCAGCAGCAGCAGCAACAGCAGCAGCAGCAACAGCAGCAGUACUCGAUCAGCAUGCACGGCUGCUGCUGCUGCUGCUGCGAGGCCUCCCCCAGCUCUCUCCUGCUGCUGCUUCUCUCCCCUCUGGCUGCUGCGGCUUGUCUUUGCUGCGGGCUUAUCUAUCGCUUCUGUGUCACAUAUUCAGGUUGCUGCAGCUGCUGCAGCAGCAGCUGCAGCAGCUUGGGUCCCCCCCAAAUACAGCAGCAGCAACAGCAACAACACCUGCAGCAGCAGCAGCAACAACAGCAGCAGCAGCAGCAAGUGUUAUACGCGAGGCUUCACAAGUUGCUGCAGCAACAGAAGAGCAGCUCAGUUGCUGCUGUAAAGACAUACUGCAGCAGAACUUCCUUCGAUGCCUCAUACAAGAGGAUCAGCCUGCUGCUGCUGCUGCUGCUCCCGCUGCUGCUGCUGCUGCUGCUGCAGCAGCAGCUGCUGCUGCUGCUGAUGCUGAGGUGUAUCGACAACACAAGGCGGUGGCGCUGCGGCAGUUCCUUAUGGUGACGGCCUUCUCUUGCUGCCUGCCUCCGCACCUGCAGCAGCAGCAGCAGCAGCAACAGCAGCAGCAGGAGCAACAGCAGCAGCAACAGCAGCAGCAGCAACAGCAGCAGCAGCAACAGCUGCAACCACUCGAUGCGCUAUCCCUGCGGGGCCUGACUGCAGCACUGCAGAAGGAGAAGGCAACGCUGCAGCAGUUGCUGCUGCUCCACCUUGCAUCCAACACCAAGACAAGCAGCAGCAGCAGCAGCAGCAGUAGCAGCAGCAGUGAGGGGUCUGCGUUAGUUCUGGCGCUGCUGGAGGAGUGUAGUGCUGCUGUGUGUGCAGCAGCACCCCUAAACCCUCAAAGCAUGCAGGAGGCCAGAGACUUGCUGCUGCUGCUGCUGCUGCUGCUGUCGCCUCUGUGCAGCUGCAACCAACAGAAGCAGCGGAGCGGCUCCCCGGCCUCGAGCCGCAGCAGCAGCAGCAGCAACAGCAGCAGCAGCAGCAACAGCAGCAGCAGCAGCAGCAACGGAGAUGAAAACAAAUGCUGUAGUCUGCUGCAGCAGGAUUUACACAAAUGGAUAGACCGCGUGCUGCUGCCGCUGCUGCGGUGUCUGGCCCCCUCGCAGCAGCACGCCGAGGAGGCCUUGUCUGCGCUGCUGCAGCUGCUGCUGCUGCUGCUGCAGCACCUGCUGGCUCGCUCCCCCCAGGAUAUGCUGCCUCAGGAGACAGCUGCUGACCGCCGCCGUCAAGCUAAGAGAUCUGCUGCUGCUGCUGCUGCUGCUGCUGCUGCUGCUGUUGGAGGGAGCAGCAGCAGCAACAUCAGCAGCUCAGCAGCAGCAGCAGCAGCAAUAGCAGCAACUUAUAUGGGGGGAGAGACAGAUGUUGCUGCUGCAGUGAUGAAAUUCCUAUCGGAGCAGCAGCUGCUGCUGCGGUCUAUGUACGACUGUCUCUCUACCUGCUUCUCGCUGCCGCUGCCCUGCUUGCUGCUGCUGCAGCAGCAGCAAACGCAGCAGCGUCUCCAGCAGCUGCUGCUGCUGACGCUGCAGCAUGUUGUCCCUGCAGCAGCAGCGCUGUUGAACAAGGAGGACACCGCAGCAGCAGCAGCAGCAGCAGCAACAGGGGCUGGAGCAGCAACAGGGGCUGCAGCAGCAGCAGCAGAUGCCACAGCAGCAGCAGGAACAGCAGCAAAAACAACUGCAGCAGAUGCAUGGCCGCAUGCGUUGCUGCUGUCGGCUCUGCAGUUUCUGCUGGGCCUCGCGAGGGUAUCCCGUGGGGAGUUGCUGCCAGCAGACAGCAGCAGCAGCAGCAGCAGCAGCAGCAGCCAGCCUCUUGUUGCUGCAUUCCGCAUGCGGCGCCUCCUCCCGCAGCAGCAGCAACAGCAGCAGCAGCAGCCGAAGCGCCUGCACCUUCACGAUCUGCGCAGCGGGAGCACCGCCGCAGCAGCAGCAGCAGCAGCAACAGCAGCAGCAGCAGCAGCAGCAGCAGCAGCUGCAGCAGAUCUGAACAUAGAGCUCGAGGAGCUGCCAGCAGCAGAGAAGGAAAUGCUGCAGGAGAAGUUUCAGCAGCUGCUGCGUUCCUGUGCUGCAGCAGCAACACGUUUGCUGCUGCAGCCCUGCGAGUACUCGCUGCUGCUGCUGCUGCAGGUGCAUGCGGCUAGGCAGCUAGGCAUCCGAGCUGCUGCUGCUGCCUGCAACAGGGGCGGGCCCCUUGCUGCUGCAGCUGACGAAUGCAGCAGCAGCAGCAGCACAACAGCAGCAGCAGCUGGUGCUGGUGCUGCUGCACAGCAGGCGGGAGUAAAGGAGGAACCAUCAGAAGCGACAACAGCAGCAGCAGCAGCAGCAGCAGCAGCAGCAGCAGCAGCACCAGUGCAGCAAAAGGUGCCUCCGCAGCAGCUGCAGCAGCAGCUGCAGCAGCUGCAGCAACAGCAGCAGCAGCAGCAGCGUCUGCGGCAGCAACUUGCUUCUAAAAGUCAACGAAGAGCCACCUGUGCUGAGCUGCUGCUGCACUGGGCAGCAGCGCUGCUGUGGGGCGGGGCUUGCUGCUGCAGCAGCAGCAAAAUCUCUCCCUGCUGCGGGCACACACUAGCUGUGCGUGUUGCGCUGCAGCAGCAGCAGCAGCAGCAGCAGCAGCAGCAGUGGCAGCAGAAGCAGGAAGAUGAGCAACACGGCAGCAGACAGGAUGCUGCGCAUGCAGACAGCAGCAACGAGGAGCAUCAUCUGGAUACUCAGACUGCAGCAGCAGCAGCAGCAACAGCAGCAGCAGCAGCAGCUGCUGCUGCUGCAACACGACAGCACGCAGAGAAGAUAUGCUGGCAGCUGCUGCGGACGCUGCUGCUUCCUGCUGCAGCAACAGCAAGAGAGACGCCAGCUAUCUGCGGCAUCGAGGAGAGUUUGCUGCAGCUGUCUGGGGCAGACAGCCCCACCAGCAGCAGCAGCAGCAGCAGCAGCAGCAGCAGCAGCAGCAGCAGCAGCGGGCUUCCUACAUGCAGCAUGCUGCCUAUUACCUCUGUCCCUCCCCUCGGGGUUUCUUCUUCUUGGCCUGUUGUUGCUUCCUUUCAUUUGCUGCUGGGCCUCUCGCUACCAGCAGCAGCAACAGCAAUUGCUGCUGCAUGCAGCAGCAGCAGCAGCAGCAGCUGCAGCAGCAGCAGCAGAAACUACGACAACUGCAGCAGCAGCACCGCCGGCAGCGGAGAUGACGCCCGAACCAAACUGGAGACAGCACUUGUCAAGGCUGACAGCAGCAGCAGCAGCAGCAGCAGCAGCAGCAACAGCAGCAGCAGCAACAGCAGCAGAGGCUGCUGCUGGUGCUGCAUGAAGCCUUUAUAUAACGGCCGGAGCUCUAGCUCCUGCUGCUGCCCCUGGGCGUGGAUAUUUCGCGAAUCAGCGCAGCAGCAGCAGCAGCAACAGCAGCAGCAGCAGCAGCUGCUGCAGCAGCAGCAGCAGCAGCAAGGUAGUUGUUGCUGCUGCUGCGCUGCUGUUCUGUGGUAUGUUCAGCUGCUUGUGCGUACUGCUGCUGUUUAUCCUGCUGCUAUUGUGUCUCUGUCUAGCAGCAGCACCGCACGGGGUGUACAUACACCUCUGGGUCCUUACUGGGUGAGCAGCAGCAGCAGCAGCAGCAUCUGCAGCAGCUGUGCUGCAGCACAGCAAGAAGGAGCAGCACCUGCUGCUCUGCAUGCACCGCCUCUGCUGCUGCUGCACCCCUUUCAAGAGCUGCUUGCUGCUGCAGCUCAGGAGCAGCUGCAGCCGUUCCCGCAGCUGCAGCAGCAGCAGCAGCAGCAGUGCCCUUCUCAGCAGCAGCAGCAGCAGCAGCAGUAUGGGGCGCUGCAGCUGAUGCGACCGCAGCAGCAGCAGCUGCUGCUGCAGGUGCUGCCUACAGCUGCUCUCCCCCCAUCAGUACUAGCAGCAGAAGAAGCAGCACAACAGCUGCUGUUUGUAUGCACGGAGCAGCAGCGGCUGCUGCUGCAGCAGGGUCCUUUGCUGCUGCUGCUGCUGCGCUGCAGAGCAGCAGCAUCGGAUCUGCUGCGGCUAGCUGCUGCGCUGCAGCAGCGGGACUGGGCGGAGCAGCAGGCUGCUGAGAGAGAAGCAGCAGCAGCAGCAGCAGCAGCAGGACUCCAGCCGCAGCAACGCAUGCUGCUGCAGAUAGCAGCAGCACAACAAAAAGGAGAUGUGCUGCAGCUGCUUGACCUGCUGUCUCCGCCUACUCCGGUUGCUGCUGCUGUGUCUGCUCCUUCUGGGGUUCGAGCCCCGCCUCGUCUGGUUGGUGCAGCAGCAGCAGCAGUAGAAGCAGCAGCAGCAGCUGCUGCUGCUGCUGCUGCUGCAGGGACAGCAGAAGCAGCAGCAGAACCAGCAGCAAAAGUAAAAACAAGCAGCAGCACCCACUUCGGGGCGAACAGAAACAGAGCAAAGGCUGCAAGACGCAGUAGUCGCUUCCAGCAGCAAGAACAACACCAGCAGCAGCAAGAGCAGCAACAACAGCAGCAGCAGCAGCAGCCGCAACAGCAACAGCAGCAGCGACAACAGCAAUAG